AUGGGGUUCCGGGUUGAAUGCGGGAAUUUAAUGCUUUCUGCACAUGCUCUUGCAGCUCUGCAAGAGUUCAAAGACGAGGAGCAAGACAGAAUUGCAAAAUUCAACAAGAUGUCUAUGAUUGCACAGGAAAGUUUUGAUCUCCAACAAAGAGAGGCCAAUGCGGUCCCUGAAGUGACUAUAGACGAUUUCAAAGAAGACUGGCAACUGUCACAGUUCUGGUAUUCUGACGAAACUGCCGAGAUUCUAGCCAGAGAACUACUAGCAGGAGCUACAGAGGACACCACAAUCUGCAUAGUGUCGGCUCCAUCAGUAUACGCUGCACUCAAAAAGUUCCCUCCAGCUGAAAUACCUACCAAACACAUAUAUUUGUUAGAGUACGACAUGAGGUUCAAAGUACUUGCGGGAAGCCAGCACUUUGAUUAUUAUGACUACAAUAAGCCUCUUGAAUUCAGAACCGAUCUGAAGGGUGCUUGUGACAGGAUUCUGGUGGACCCUCCAUUUUUGGAGAAAGACUGUCAAGUUAAAGCAUCGUUGACAGCAAGGGCACUUCUAAGGCCCAAUUCGCCCAAGAAUUCGGUCAUAGUUUGCACUGGAGAAAGGAUGAAAGACGUCAUAGCCAAGGUGUAUCCUACCACUAAGUUCACCACUUUUACCCCAGAGCACAAGAAUGGACUCAGCAACGAGUUCGGAUGUUAUGCUUCAUUUGAGUGCGAUUCCUGGAAGUUUGCUUAA